AUGGCCUCCCAUUGCAUCCUGGGAAAUUCUUUUGGGCUCCUUUCUCCUGCCAGUCCAGGGCGUGGUCCAAAGGAGGAGCAACAACGGGACAGAGAGCCCUCCUCUUGCAAAGUCUCUUUCCUUCCUUGGCGCAGGAUUCGCACUCGGGACCAGGAUGAUCAACGUCCCCGCCGCCGCGGAGCGGAACAAGGAGCCCAUCUGGGGUGCUGGAGGGACUCCGUGGGCCCCGGAGGGACCCCGCAGGUCCAGGCGCUGGAGGUGGCCUCGGUCGGGACCCACGCCGCCCACUUCGCCCGAGCCUUGCCGGGAUCCUCUGCAGCCCUCCGAGUCGACCCCGGCGCCAGGGACAGCAUCUCUGCCCUUAUCAGGGAACUCCGCCUGCCAAAUAUCAAGCCUCCAAUCCAUCUAGAUGCGUCCCAGAGCUGGGAGACGUGGGGCGGCUUGCGCCCGGACUCUUUCGACCUCGUCGUCAAUAUCAACAUGAUUCACAUCACUGAAAUGUGCUGCACGGAGGGAUUGUUCAAAGGGGCGGGAAAACUACUGAAACCCAAAGGAGUGAUGAUUACAUAUGGGCCUUAUUCUGUGAACGGGUGCAUCACUCCUCAGAGCAAUGUGGACUUUGAUGCCUACUUAAGGCAAAGAAAUCCAGGCUGGGGCCUCCGAGACACAUCUUUGUUGCAGAAACUCGCUGAGGCCAAUGGGAUGCAGUUGGAGAGGAUGGUUGACAUGCCAGCGAACAACAAGUGCCUUAUUUUCCGGAAGCACUAACCCACCACUUGGGCAGAUUUCUCAGUGAAGGAGAGGAAGCACGCAGAGCAGCCUCUUAUGAUCAGAGCCUUUUCUGCUUUGUGUCCAUCCUGCUCAGCUGGCUUCUUGUGGUCUCUGCAGAUCUUGGUGAAGGGAAUGACUCUUGGCACAAAGGCAUGAUGCCAUGCAGAAGAUUUGCCUCUGGAAAGGAAAGCCCUCAGACAGAACAGAGUUCCCAAAAGUUCUGGCAAGAGCUGAAUGAGCCCCACUGCACUUUGAUUUAGCAUUAAUUGUGCUGCUUUUGCUUUUUGAUAUUGUGGGUCUGAUGAAAUGUAUGUGUCAUCUUGGAUCACUUGGAUCCAGCUUUGUUCAGAUGUUAUGACAGAACAGGCAAUUGCAGAGCUUGGGAAAGGUUUUGGAUAAGAAUCCUCUUGCCAGCAUGUCCAAUUGCAAUUAGUGGUUUAAAAAUAAAAUCAAUUUUUCUAGCUUGGGUUAGAAACUGUGUCAGCUUCACCUCCUACCUCCGACUAUGUGUAGGUGCCCUCUUCUUUGGUCUCAAAUAACAUCAAGGCCAUUUGGAGACUGGUGGUAGAACAUCCCACAUGAUCAAGAACCCUGAUAUAAGUUCCUGACCAUGGAUCUUAUUGCUUGGGGUAAAAAAACCCGGCUUACCUUUCCCAAUUGCAUUCUAAUUCAGGGGGCAGCCAGGUCCUAUCAUACGUAAAUCGCCACCCAGAUACAGCCCAGGUCCCUGGAGACGCUUCAGCGGCCAUAUUUUAGAUUCAGAAGCUUCCAUUUUCGAAAAGGAGCAGGUUGGGCACGGCUUCAACCCAGACUACAUUUGGGCUGGAUCUGAGUGGCGAUUUCAGCAGCGAUUUAGGUAUGAUAGGACACAGCUGCUUCCCAAAUUAGAAUUCAGUUCAGGAAAGGUAAGCCGGGUUUUUACUCCAUGCGAUAGGGUCCCACAUGAAGGUCUUCUGGCAUUCAAGUGAGUGAACACAAGACCCUUUGGGACCCUGUUGUGUCCAAGAGGACCAAAACCAUACAGGUACUGAAAACAUUGACCUUCCCAGCCCCAUGUACAUGGAGUCUGGUUUCCUGUUCAGUCAUAAUGCUUGAAGAUGGUUUUUCGUCUUGCAGAUAUUGUGCCUGUAACCUGCUUCAGCAACACAUGUUGGAGGCCUUAUUGGCUGCCUUUCCGACAGGGGCCUUGAUGCUUCUUGGCUAAAUAGACAUGGCAAAAUGUGGAAUUUUGUAUUGGAGAAAGCUCACAAGUAGUCCCAUCUCCAACCAGGUAGAAGGAUGGUGAGGAAACAGUGGCAUUAUUUCUCUCUUUGCACCUGUGCUACCAUCUGUCGGUCAUGCCUCUUAAGUUACAAAAGAGGAGGUUGAGAUGACAAGAGGGUUUCCGUAAGUUAUAGUUUCAGUGGGAAGAAAUGAUGCAGCCCACUAUGGGUCACCCCACCAAACUCCAGUGUUGCCUAUUAAGUUAGUGACUUCAUUUGGACACUUACUAACCAACAGUGUGGUUUGUCAAUGUUUUGGAGGUAGGGAAGACAGAAGAAGAUCUUUCCUCGGCUAUCUUGAUUAGUUUUAAUACCACAGAAAUUGUGACAAUACAAUGCCCAACACAUAGAGAUCAGCCAUAUGUUACAGAACUGGCUUUCAAAGACAUCACCGUGUUAGUCUGUAUCAGCAUAAAAGACAGAAGGGAAACCUGUAGCACCUUUGAGACCAAGGAAAUAAAAUACUAAGCUGUUAUGGAUUCCAACCUGCUUCUGCUGAAGUGGAUCACAGUCCACAAAAGCUUAAGCUAGAAAUGUCCUUUUCUCAAUCUAAAAGUUGCUAGAGGAUCCUCUUAUCUUCAUAUGUUAGAGUUCCCAGAAUUAUAGCACUGAGGACUUCAGGUGGUGAACCAACAAACCCAGUUAUUACUCACAGUCACAUUGAAUCAAUGGGAAUUGGUACAUAAAUACGUGUGUUAAGUUCUGUUCAUUCAAUGGAUCUGUUCUAAUUGGGAAUAACAAUUGGGCUUAUACCUUAAUGUUUAAACGCCAAAUACAUGUAUACCAACAUCUUGCUGUCCAUGGUGGGUUAGCAUUCAAACACAGUCUGAUGUGUUUUCUGCAUGCAAGAUGUAUAUUUAAAAAUACUUUGGACCAUUCAGUUAUGUAUCUCUGCAUCUGUGUUCUGCCAUGCAAUUUGUAUAUUCGCUUAUGGACCAGAGGUUUUUUAACAUGUCGUGGUGGGAUUUGGGCCAUCAAGGUUGAUGAACAUUUUUUAAAACACCUGUUUGCUUACAGUCCUUUAAAAACAUUCUUCAAAACAGGGAUCAAACAGUUUUGAAGAAAAGAAAGCCCUGUUGCUUCCUCACCACCGAGUUAAGCUUUUGAAAUGUUUCUCUAUGAAGUAGUAGUUCCCUCUGGUGGCGAUCUAUAGAUGAAUGUGGAAGUAUCAUUUUGGGAUCAAAGAUUAGCAAAAACAUCUUUUGCACAAGCCUUCAUACUCUGUUGCAUUUGGGUGCAAAUAAAUAUAAUGUUUGGGCA